AUGUCAAAGUGUGUGAUAUUAUUUGAUGAUGAUAAAACACAAUGUAAAACACUCUUACAUUCUAAAAAAAUGAUGACAUGCUUAAAUCCUGAUUGUUUGACUUAUCCUUAGAUUUGUUGUUCUGAUUGUAUAGAAUAAUUGCAUCAACAUAAAGGAAAUUCAAUGACUCUAGAAAAAAGCUAAUUUGUUAAUUAAACUAAUAAAAAGUAUUCUGAAAUAUAAGAGUAAGUAUAUGCAUUAGAAGCAGAAUAUUAAAAUUUUGAAAAAAAGGGUUCUAAUCUUAAAAGACUAUUUAACGGUGAUAUUGAGAGAAUGAGAAUUUAAUUAAAUAAAAUUAUAGAUUCAUUAAAAGAACAAAUUAAUAAGUAAAUAGAUCUAAGUAUUUCAACAACUAAAAAAUAAGUAACUUAAAAAAUUGAAAAGACUAAAGAUGCUUUGCAAUAAUUUAAACCAAUUAAUAUUAGUAAAAUUUAUAAUGAUUAAUUAAAAAGAUUGAUAAAUGCUAUGUGGCAUACAGAUUAUAAAUUGGAAAGAGAUUAAUUAAAAAUAUUCUUUCCUAAUUUAUAAGAGAAAUUAAGAGGAAAAUUAUCUUAAAUUAAUGAUAGUGUAUCAUAAGAAUUGGUUUAAUUGAGUCAAGAAUUAAUACAAGAAUCAUAAGAAGAAAUAUAAUCUUUUAUUGAUUAAAGAACACCAAAUGAUAAUUUAUCUACUUAAAGUGAUGAAUCUAUAGUGAAUAAAUUAGUAAAUUUAAGGGAUAGUUUGAAAUUAUAAAUGGAAUAACAUUUAGCAGCUAAAAAUUGUACUCAUAAGGGAUGUCAUUAAGUAACUCCUGUUAAAGCAUAUUAUGGAUAUUAUUAUCAUAUAAGUGGUUAUGCUUUAUAAGGUGAAUUACCAAUAUCUGUUUGUGCAAAAUCUAAGAAAUUGGCUGAGAAAAUGGAUAGAGUAGUGAAUGAUUUGUAUAAAUUAUAAUAUAGAGAUUCCACGAUAGAUGAUUGUGUGUAAGCAUAUUUUAUAUAUUGA